AUGGAGCAAGUUGGAUAUCUAUUCCUUACUGUUUUCUACGUAUUGUUUAACACAAUCGAAGGAGCACAUUUUCGUGGUGGUAUUAUCUCAUGGCGUCCAUUGAAUAGUACACCAUCGGGGAGUAGUACGAGUAUUCUUAUGCAUCAAAGAUACUUUUGGAAUCGACAAUGGGGUGGCUUUACUCCGCCUUAUUGUACUGAAGCCAAUGUGGCUGCUGAAACAUCUAUUCCAGUUACCUCUUCCAUGACUUGUUUAGUGAACUGCUCAAGUUCUUCUUAUCCUAGCGGUGGUCUUUCGACUGUUAUGACGACGACAGAUUGUGACGCAAAUCCAAUUAUCGAAUCAUGGGCUGGCGAACGCUAUNAUUUGAUUCGCCCAACGUUAGUACAAGGAUCAGCAAGUCCAGUGGGUACGGUCUUUUCCAACCAAUCGAUGUUUCUCAUACAAGCAACAAGUUUGGUCGGUCGUCCUUCUCGUAAUGGAACCGACAUUUGUUUUCAUGAUGCAAGCACGAACGCAUCGGUUCUGUGUUAUGACGCUGGUUAUGCAGCAAAUAUAAUUUACACUGGAUACACAAUCGUUAUCAUUACCAACCAUACGUGGACGCCCGGCAGCUUCUACUAUGUUACAAUGGAUAGUGGGUUUGCUAGCGGAAGUGUCUUCUGUCAUGCGGAAUCGUCGCCGAUCACUGAUACAACAUUUUGGCGAUUCAAUAUUUGGAAUCCGGCAGUCUCAAGCACAACGACAACAACCACUACACCAUUCAGCACUGCGACAGUUACAACAAAACCAACAUCAACUACCAGUAUCAAUACACUGUUGACAACAACGGGCAUUGUCAUAACAACAACGACUCCGAUUACAACGAAUGCAACAACGACAACUACUGCAGCUCCAACUACAGCUGCUCCUACAACCGCAGCCCCAACAACAUCGGGUGCAACAACUGAAUCUACAGUUGCUGUCAUGUAUCCAAAGGAUUUCGAGGAUGCGUGUCAACAAACAGUAGCAAUCAUGACAUCGGUAUUCUUGGUUAUUCUGAUGCCUGUCCACGCUGUGGCAAUGUACGCUGGACUCGCAAAAGCGGCAACUAUGUUUAAUCCAAAUCAUAUGAAAGCGAAAACCAGACACAGACAACGAAUGCAACGUAUUCUGGCCUCUUAA